AGACAAAAUUUCAAACCUAGACAAAAUUUCAAACCCCUCUCUCCUCUCCACUAAAACUUUGAACCAAACCAUUUUUUUGCUAUCCCCUGUGUCCUAGAAAGGCUAAAACGAAAAUCUCUUCCUUUUGCUUUCUCUCUCCCCUUCCUCUUUGCAUUUCAAGUCUCUCAACUAAAAUCUCUUCCCCCCUUCUCCCCCACUCCAUCCUUUCUUCUUAAAGUUUUUACAAUAGAGGAAAUAAGAAAGAAAAGGAGAGAAGCCUCCAUUAUUCUCAGUUUGGUGGUAGCAAGAAGGGAAAAGCUAGAAGAAGAAGACGGAAGGAGAAUCCAAUUCGGUUCAACACAAAGAUUGGAGCACCAACUCUUCGAUAUAUCAUUACAUUUCGAGUUCUCUUUGAUGUCAAAGGUGUGAGAAGCUUCUCCACCAUUCUCAAUCCGUUCAUCCUUGAAAAACACUCCCAUAUCCCGCCGCCCCAAUAGCUUGGAAGAAAGCUACAAAGAGUUCCCAGUUCGCAGUCAUUCCAUCUUCCUCAACAUUUCGCCCGACUGUAAUAUCACCUUCUCCGACGCCGUGGUGGUUGAUCGCUCCGCAGAAAAUACAGAGACCUUGUACCGUUCAAUCAUCUUACCGUUUACAGUAGGUAUUUUAGGCUGUGAGCUAGAGAAGCAUGGGCCGGAAAGCUGGAGGAUUGUACAUAAACCCCAAGAAAUUUGGUAGUAAAUUUGGGAGACCAUGCAUGAAGGAGAUGAUAACAUUUCUCAAUUGCUUGGCUCUUAACAAGAAUGAUGGUGACAAGUGUGUUAGGCACAAGGAUCUCUUGAUGGCCUGCAUGGAUACUCAGACUGGCAAGGGCAGAAAGCCUUGGGGAAGCAUCAAUUACCACCUACAGAGGCUUAGCAGGGGAAGGAAGUAAUUGGUGUUCCAUUCAGCAUAUUUAACUACUUGAGUUAUUCUUCUAUUUGACAUGAAAGGGGUUCAUGGUUGCAAUUUUUGUCUGUUUUUUUAUCAAUGUAGUCAGCAGAGUUUAGCCCUCUUUUAUGACCAAAAAAAGAAAAAAAUAAUAAGAGAUUAGUCCCCUUUGCUUGUAAUGGAAGCACAAAUUUAUUUGAUUUUUAUUACUUCUAAAUUAGUUCAAUCGAUGUAGUAAAUUAUGACUUGGUAA